GAAAUCACGCUGCUCCCCGCGACGUCAUCGUCGAUCGGUUAUCUACGAUCAGCUGCAAAACCAAGCGAGCCCGUUGACCCGUUUCUGCACGCGCGACGCACGCCAACGCACGCGUCUCAUUCGCGUGCGAUUCGUAUAUAUCGACGUGUUGUCGGUUUCCCUCGUCUCCGAGCAAGAAUCGUCAACACGAAACACGAAUUCGCCUCGCGGAGUAAACGACCGUUCCCGUUGACGUCAGGUGUUUCCUCCGCGCUCCUCGUCGACGAGGUCGAAGAUCUUUCUUUCUCUUCCCCUCCGCCGCAUGGACCGCAGAGGCAGCUGCGCGGAGAUCCACUUAGAAAUCGUGGAUAAUAAGUUCGCUUUGUCUUGGGGAUUUUGGGGCGAUUUUUUGAGAUUUUGAGAGAUUUUUAUUAUGUGUUUAGCGCGAUUUGUGGAAUCGUUUAGUACUUUACCGGCUGCGCAUAUCAUGUUUGUUUACUUUGUUUAGAUUGGGCGUGUAUUGUGAAUCACUUUCUUUAGAAUGCGGGUAUCGCGUGUGUCUAUUAGCAGCCUGGCUGCACUUUUUAAGAUGUACUUCUGUCUGCAUUGGAUGCCAAUCUUUAUAAUAUCAGCAAAGUAAACCUAGCAAUCGUAGAAUGAACCAUUUGAACGAGAUCUCGGGAAAAUACUGAACUUGAUGAAAAGGUGGAUGUUUAGACCGAUUUCAAAAUGCGCCAGUGCUGUUUGAACCAUCAAGUCCUGUUAUGGCUUAUCUUCCUGAUUUUCUUCGCUGCAUACAGCAGUGCGGAUAUUCUAGUAUUUUCUACAAUUGGAAGACAGAUCGAAGAGGAGUUUCGCGAUAUGCCUGCCAAGUUUGGAGGCAUAAUAUCUCCGGAAGGCAUCAAGGGCAUGGUGGUUUAUGCCGAUCCUCCUACUGCGUGCCAUAAGAUACAAGCUCCGCCAAACAAUAAUACCACUGGUAAUUGGAUAGCGUUAAUACGACGUUAUAACUGUAGCUUUGAAAUUAAAAUUCGAAUGGCACAGGAAGCUGGAUAUGAUGCUGCUAUUAUUCACAAUGUAAACAGCAAUGAACUAGAACCGAUGUCAGCAAAGGAUCCCGUAGGAAUUUUGAUACCAUCUGUGUUUGUUGGUGAAAUUACGGGACUUGUUAUCAAAGACAAUUAUUUAUACAAUCAGGGUUAUUUUGUAGUAAUUAAUGAUGAUCUGCCAUUCAAUAUUAACACCCAUUUGCUCUUGCCUUUCGCUAUUGUUGUUGGAAUAUGUUUUCUAAUUAUAGUUAUUUUUAUGAUUGUCAGGUGCAUAAAGGAUAGGAGGCGACAACGGAGGCACAGGCUGCCUAAUUCUAGUUUAAAAAAGAUUCCUAUACAUAAGUAUACAAAGGGUGAUCCGUACGAGACGUGUGCCAUUUGUUUGGACGAUUAUGUAGAAGGAGAGAAAUUACGAGUUUUACCAUGUGCACAUGCUUAUCAUUCAAAAUGCAUUGACCCUUGGUUGACAAAAAAUCGAAGGGUUUGUCCUGUUUGCAAAAGGAAGGUUUUUGCAGCUGACGAGCAAAUUGUGACCGAUGAGAGUGACUCGGACGAUGAUACAGCACCUCUUAUUCGUGACGGCCACCAAGGUACACAAGGAGGAACGUUCACACGGCAAAGGGAAAAUCCUUUUAACAGAGCUAGGAGAUCACAAGCUAGACACGACAGUAGUAAUUCUAGUGAUAAUAGCUCCGAUUCUGAGCAGUCUUACGUUACUACCGAGGAUGGCGUUAGUACUAGUGCCGGUGAACCAUCCAAUGUCACCGUUUUUCUGGUAUCUGAUACUCAUAGUAUAAACGGCGAAUCACAGGAGUUGGAACGUUCUACUAGUAGUACUAAUCCUCAUACGGUGAGUUUAUACGCGGACGCUCAAUCAUUUUCAACACCUAUUCAAAUCGCACCGACACGACGCGGGAUCAUAGUAAAUUCCGUGAUGUCGAAUUCUGACUAUUAUGUAGAGACCUCAGAUAAUGCGUCAGUGACGGCCAGUAAUUCCAACAAAAACGAUGUUAUUACGUAAUGGCCUGACACAGCUGUGACUAUCAUUAUAUAUUAUGAGUUGUUUGUAUCUUGCGAAAAUUUUCUUUUUUUCGCGAAAGAUACGUUAAUACUAUGGUGCGCAUGGCAUAAAGUGACGUAC